AUGUCUCUCACCGCGUCGUGUGUGGUGCUGCUCGCCGUGGUGCUGAGCUCGUCCCCGGUGAGUGGAAAUGAAGAUUGUCUGUGGUAUGUGGAUAAAAACGGCACAUGGCACAAUGGCUUUGACUGCCCUCUCAUCACCUUUUGCUGCGGUAAUUGCCACCGCCGCUACUGCUGCCUGGAUGCCUUCAAGAUGAUCACGGAACGUGAACAAAAGCGAUGCAUGCUCUUUCAGUUCAGCCCCACUACUCUGGCUGGCAUUGCCUCAUCAAUUCUGCUGUUUGUGGCUAUUAUUGCGACUAUGGUCUGCUGCUUCAUGUGCUCCUGCUGUUACCUUUACCAGAGAAGACAGCACCGAGGGAGGACGCCUUACGAGGCCCAGCACAUCCCAAUGGCCAGUUAUCCAGUGGAGCCCAUGUACGAUGCCUACGGGAAGCCUUUAGGACCAGCAGAGUACUUGCACGCAGGCUACCCAAUGGCCCCUCAUUAUCCAGGCAUGCCGGUUCACUACCCCAUGAUGCACCCUGGUCCAUAUCCACCACCCCCUAUAGAUCCUGCCUACAGCCAGGCCCCGCCUCCGUACUCACCGCCCCAGUAUCCAGGGCACUGA